AUGUUGUUCAGAGCGAGACACCUUCAGCGAAACGUCAGGGCUUAUGCUACUGCCCUUGACAGUGGACUCCGGCCCCAGGUUCUUACGCCUAUUCCUGGUCCUAAGGGCAAAGCCAUCAGUGCGGAUAUCGGAUCGUUCCAGGACCCACGACAUCAUGUGCUAGUUUGUGACUACCUCAAGUCGAAGGGGAACUAUCUAGUCGAUGUGGAUGGCAAUACCUUCCUGGAUGUGUAUGCGCAGAUUGCGUCCAUCCCAGUGGGGUACAACCACCCUCAGCUGCUUGAGCUUGUCAAGUCGGACUUGUAUGCGACCUUGGCCAUGUCGAGGCCGAGUCUGGCCGUGUUUCCACCGGAGGAGUGGAAGGGCAUGUGUGAGGACGCGUUCCUUAGCGUUGCGCCGCCUGGUCUAGACCAAGUGUUUACGGCCAUGUGCGGAUCCUGUGCAAACGAGACGGCAUUCAAGGCGGCGUUCAUGUCGUAUCCCGCUCGUCAAGCUGGCGUCAAGGCGUCAGAGCUCGAGUUUACGCAAGAGGAGCUCGCAUCUUGUAUGAAGAAUCAAGCCCCGGGAUCGCCAGAGCUGUCCAUCUUGUCCUUCACGUCGGCAUUCCAUGGCAGACUAUUCGGUGCCCUUAGUGCGACGAGGAGCAAAGCUAUCCACAAGAUUGGCAUUCCUGCCUUUGAAUGGCCUGUGGUCCCUUGGCCAGAGAUCAAGUAUCCGAUGAGCGCUUACGCAGCGGAGAACAAGGAGGCUGAGGCAAGGGCGCUUCAGCAGGUCGAGGAGACGAUCAAGGAAUGGAAAACCAAGCGACCUGUCGCGGCUAUCAUCAUCGAGCCCAUCGCCUCGGAAGGAGGGGAUCAUCACGCGUCGCCAGACUUUUUCAGAGGCCUGAGAGAGAUCACCUUGAAACAUAAAGUGGCUUUCAUCGUCGACGAGGUGCAGACCGGCGUGGGCGCGACGGGAACGUUUUGGGCCCACGAAAAGUGGAACCUCGAGACGCCUCCCGACUUCAUGACGUUCUCAAAGAAAAUGCAGGCCGCGGGGUUCUACCAUAGGUUGGAGACGAGGGCCCCCCAGGCGUACAGAAACUUUAACACCUGGAUGGGGGACCCUAUCAGGACGUUGCAAGCGGCGGAACAGGUCAAGAUUAUCAAGGCCGGAGACUUAGUCUCGCAUACAGGAUCAAUCGGGGACGACCUCUAUGCCGGACUCGAAACCCUGGCCGAGCAAUCCGACAAGAUGUCGGGUCUACGGGGUAAAGGUCAGGGGACGUUCAUCGCUUGGGACAUGCCAAGUCCCAGUGUGAGGAACUCAUUCUUAUCAACGAUGCGAUCUCGCGGGGUUAACAUUGGAGGGUGUGGCGAGGCAGCAGUGAGAUUGCGACCGAUGCUCAUUUUUGGCGAGAGACAAAAGGAAGAGCUGCUUGGUCAUGUAGAAGAGGUCAUCAAAGGCGUUUGA